AUGGAGCAGUGGAAAGAAGAGGUGAAUAACAAGAUGAAUAAGCUUCUGGACCUAAUGACAAACAAGGGUAAGACUAUGCAACCACAAAAUGUUGAGGAGGAGUUAGACCCUGCCUAUCCUCUAGGAUUCACCUCGUUACACGGGCAAACCUCAACACAACCCCCAGUUGCCACAAAAAAUACCCCACCAAAUAGUGCUUCAUUCAUUCCUACCGCACCAACACUAGGAGUCCCAGCAGUAGUUAUACCCCCGAUUAUGAUGAUAGAUGUGGGGGCAAAUAGAAUCACAACUGAGUGUCGCUGUGAUGUACUUGAAGAAUGGUUAAGGGCCAUCGAAGGGUCCAAUUCAUUUGGUCUCGUUGAUCCGACAAACCUUUACUUGGGUUGGAAGGUCACUCUGCCGUCAAAAUUUAAGAUGCCAGACUUUGAAAAGUACGACGGAACCGGGUGUCCUCAUGACCACUUACUGACGUAUUGUCAAGCGAUGACAGCAUACUCAGAUGAUGAAAAUCUAAUGAUGCACUGCUUUCAAAGCAGUUUGACUGGGUCUGCUAUCUGUUGGUACAUUCAGCAAGAUAAGGCUCGGGUCCAUACAUGGAAGGACUUGGCCCACGCCUUUGUCACUCAUUACCGCCACGUGAUGGAGAUGGCACCUGACUGCAUGACUCUGCAAGAAAUGGAAAAGAAACCUACUGAAACGUUCAGGGAAUAUGCUUACAGGUGGAGGGAUAUGGCGAUCUAG